AAUGCCGGGGCUUUAGCUCAGCGGGCUAACACAGUGUUCUCUGACUGUCCCUCCAGUCGUACUGCUCCCAGCACGGAGGGAAUCUAGUGUCGGUUCACAGCCCGGAUCAACAGGUGUUUGUCCAGGACCUGGUCAGGAGACACACAGACCAGCCGGUCUGGAUGGGGGGCUACGACGCAGCUCAGGUACACUGGGUUAAUCAGUCAGUCAGUCAGUCAAAUGUUUAGUAAUGUCUACAGGUUACACAGGUAAAAUCUCAAUGUACCUUUUGGUUUAAAAACAAAAAGAAGUGGUUUCAAUCCAUUAAUCAAUCAAUCAAUGUUUUCCUGUGAUUAGGAGGGGAUGUGGCUGUGGAGUGACGGCUCAGCUGUUGACCAUUUUUACUGGGAGGAGGAUGAGCCCAGUAACUCUGGACAGGGGGAGAACUGUAUGGAGCUACACACUGGAGGUGCACACACACACACACACUCUCUCUCUCUCUCUCUCUCUCUCUCUCUCUCUCUCUCUCUCUCUCUCUCUUCUCUCUCUCUCUCUCUCUCUCUCUCUCUCUCUCUCUCUCUCUCUCUCUCUCUCUCUCUCUCUCGACAUUGAAAUAAUUGAAGUGUUGUUGGUUGUUGCCUUGGUAACAGCUGGGCAGGGAUGGAAUGACGUGUCCUGUGGAGAGCUGAGGUUCUACGUGUGUUCGAUGGAGACAAGGUAGCGGGAUAAUACUGUCUUGUACCUGGCCACGUUUUUGCAGAGACCACAUUAACAGUAAAUUACAUUCAUGUCUUUUUUUUUCAUGUUCUUUUAGAUCUGGUUUAGCAGCAUUAGCAAGUCAGAAGCAAGCACACGAGAGAGGUAGGUGUGUCUAGGACCAUUGCUAUUCAUUGUAAAGCUAUCAGCUAUUUUGACCACUUUCCCCAGCAGCUUCGGCAAAAACGUGGAGCACUCUGCCAUAAAGAUGACAGCUGUCUGAUGUUUAAUGGCACUUGAGAACGCUACGCCAUUCAAACUUUUAAACGUGUAGACAGGUCUGAAAUUGUUUUUAAACUAUUAAGCUUUUCGUCCUCCUAGAAAACCUCAUCCACUUUAAUGGGAUAUCUUCAACAUUCUAAAGAUGCCAUUAUUUAAAUCUCCCAUGUUAAAAACUGACUUCCAACGUUCUAUUCACUGUAAACAAUGUGACUUUUGACACCAAUCAGCUAUCAGCUAUUUUGAUCACUUUCCCCAGCAGCUUCGGCAAAAACGGAGAGCAUAUUUUUAAGUCCACUUCUCUGCUAUUCAAACCUAACAUCAGAACACAGAAAUAACAUCUACCAAUCAAACUAUACAGCUGUUUUGGUAACUGCAUCAACUACUUUAAUGUAGCUAUCUUCCCACUGUUGAAGUAAGUGCCAUAUAACGUUUAGAAUGUUCUAAUUGUUGCACUGAGGAAGCAUGUCACACUGAUUAUACCACACAGCUCACUCUAACCCACUAACCUUACCCUCUAUAACAACCCCCACGCUAGCCACGCUACGAUAGCGACCCCACUUACCAUAGCUAACCCAUGACCUACCUAUCUAAAAUAGCCUGGGCUAUUUACUACUACUACUACAACCCACUGACGGCUACCAUCAACUAGUUUUACAACGGUCACUCCCUCUACUAAACCAGCCUACAAAAUGUAACACUAACAAACUUCUAAACUACUUCCACUAGGUGCACCAUCAUAGUUCUUCCCCAAAUUAUAUCCUAAAAACUUUACUAAUUCCUUAUGAGUGAAAGUGUAGUAGUGUGACUGUAGUUGUUAGUGAUGAAAGAUGUGAUCUAACUGCCCCACACUCCAAAGUAAUAAGGUUCAUAUAGUAAUCUAUCAAAGGAAUCAGACCAGAUAUUGGAAUAUAUUUUUUAAACUUUUGACUAUAUUUCACUACUUCGCUUAAGUAAAGCGUUUCAAAAUGUCUUCCAUUGCCACAAAAAAUACUUGUAAAGAGGUAAAGCAACCCCCAGUUUUUCUUCAUGGAAAUUUGCAAAGAAAUUGCCAUAUCUCAGACUGGCCAAUAAAAAUAAAAGAUUAAGAUAUGGCUUUUUCUUUGCAUCUCUGCCUAGAAGGUCAGCAUCCCGGAGUCGCCUCUUCACAGUUGACGUUGAGACUGGUGUUUUGCGGGUACUAUUUAAUGAAGCUGCCAGUUGAGGACCUGUUAGGUGUCUGUUUCUCAAACUAGACACGCUAAUGUAUUUGUCCUCUUGCUCAGUUGUACACCGGGGCCUCCCACUCCUCUUUCUAUUCUGGUUAGAGCCAGUUUGCGUUGUUCUGGGAAGGGAGUAGUACACAGCAUUGUACGAGAUCUUCAGUUUCUUGGCAAUUUCUCGCAUGGAAUAGCCUUCAUUUCUCAGAACAAGAAUAGACAGACGAGUUUCAGAAGAAAGUUCUUUGUUUCUGGCCAUUUUGGGUUGAGGUUUAGUUGAGGUCGGGUGAUUGUGGAGGCCAGGUCAUCUGAUGCAGCACUCCAUCACUCUCCUUCUUGGUCAAAUAGCCCUUAGACAGAGAAUGCCAAGAGUGUGCAAAGCUGUCAUCAAGGCAAAGGGUGGCUUCUUUAAAGAAUCUCAAAUUUAAAAUAUUUGUUUAACACUUUCUUGGUUACUACAUGAUUCCAUAUGUGUUAUUUCAUAGUUUUGACGUCUUCACUAUUGUUCUACAAUAUAGAAAAUAGUUUAGAAAAAGAAAAAAUCUUCAAUGAGUAGGUUUGUCCAAGCUUGUGACUGGUUCUGUAGGUGUACUGUAAUCAAAUGAAACAAAUUCAAUGAUUGAAAGAAACAUAAUGUUUAGCAGGCGCUCGUUUGCAUCAAGCCUGUCUGUUCUUCAUAUGAACAUGUUUUGCAAUGUGAAAUAUGUAUUUCUAGAUGAAACACUGAUUAAGUUUGGUGUAAAGUGACUGUAUGGUUUUGUGUGUUGUAAUAGUCAAUAGAAAAAUGUGUUUAGAGUUUUGAAACAGCUGCCUUUUUGAUUAUCUGUUUUGAGUUUUGUACUAAGAGUUGCUAAAAUGUAACACAUACUUAUGAAAACUGCACCAAAGCAACAAAAAAAAAUGUCCUCUGUAGCUCAGCUGGUAGAGCACGGCGCUUGUAACGCCAAGGCAGAGGGUUCGAUCCCCGGGACCACGCAUACACAAAAAAAAUGUAUGCACGCAUGACUGUAAGUCGCUUUGGAUAAAAGCUUCUGCUAAAUGGCAUAUUAUAUUAUAUUAUUCCUCCCCCCAGAACUGGUUGAAGAGGUGAGUAUUUAUGACGUCCUGUGGGAGACCAGUAAGAGAGUAGCAGAUGAGACCCUCUACUCAGCCUUCCUCAGAGGGAUGUAUUCCAGACGUCUGCCUGCCCGCUUCUACGCUGACUUCUGCCACCAGGAGGUGCUAUACCUGGACAGAGUCAUCACCAUGCUGCAGGUGAAAGGAAUAUACAUUAAAUAAAACUAAUACCGUAAAGUUUUACUUUCUAUGACUGUGAUACGUGGUUGUCGUCCCUAGCUAUCUUAAGAUAAGUUGCUCUGGAUAACAGUGUCUGCUAAAUGUGUGUGUGAGUGCCAGGUGCUGAUCAGAACAGUCCAGGGUCCCCCAGACAUCAUGCUGUUUCUCCAGACAACACAUCAACUCUACCAGGAGUCUCUGAAGGAGGCCCAGAACCAAACUCCACCACACCUG